AUGAGUAAUAACUUCUUCUUCAUUGAUGGCAUCCAGGCCGAUAGAAACACCAAGAAGCAGAUGCGACGCCAUGUCAUGAAGGGCAAGAAUGUAGGAAAGAAAUUUCAUCGGCCGUCCAAGCUUGUGCCCGCCGGUCCCAAGAUCAUCGAUACCUGGAGCAGAUCGAAAGUCGCCCGUCAAUUUGAUAAGGGUGAAACUCUUUCGCUCGAUGUUGACAGGAAUUUUGGGGACGCUUACCACUCCUGCAACAUUCCUGUACCUGUUCCGCCAGCUGCGCGGCGAAUCAUCGACGAAUUCUUCAUCUUGACAGCCGAUAGAAUGUAUCCUCCAAAGUUGGGGAUCUCGCUCGAAGAGGCGAAAGGCAUGUGGCUGAAAGUCCUCUUUGAAGAUCAGGCCACUUACGAAUGCAAUCUGGCCAUGAUGCAAACUUGCAACGAAAUAUAUCUGGGUCAUGGAGACUGCUCAUCCAAGGCCCUUUACUCUCUAUCGCGGACGGUAAGCCAUGUCAAAAACAAGCUAGAGAGUCCUGAUGCUCUCUCCGACUCCACCAUGACACUGGUCCUAUCUCUCAUAAGUCAAGAGCAGCUCAAGAAGUUCGACUCAAGGGCAAAGAUUCACCUUGAUGGCCUUCGGCGAAUGAUCGAGCUUCGCGGGGGGCUAGAACAGCUGGAGGGGAAACCGCCGCUUUUGCUCAAGGUCUGCAAGGUCGAUGUUGUCUUUGCGCUCCAGUUUGGCGAACCGACUAUAUUUUUUAGAGACGAAAUGCUUAGAGUUCGUGCAGAGAUGGCUUCUAAAGGCCGUUUCCAGAGACUCCUUGCAUUACCACCUAUCCAUGACAUGAAUACUCCAAAUCCUCUACUCAAAGAAGUUCUGUUGGAUGUUUUGGAUAUUUCAGCUCUCAUCAACGGCAACAAGUCCAAGCUAGUUGUCGAUCUUAUCAACUUCCAGGAGAUUCUCAUGUCGGUUUUCUACCGCCUUCUUCGCAUGCAUCCUCUCCAAGGCGUUCCCCUCAGUAACGAUGCAGACGCAAUGUACCACCUGGGACUGAUGAUCUUCAUGCUGACUUUGUUUAUUACAAUUGAGAAGCAACGCAUUCUGGAGUGCAGUCCGGUAUCUGAAGCUGUCAGGGAGCUCCUCGAUCGAGAUCUGAGCAAAUCAAGUGGUGAAUUAGUUCUCUGGUUUUUCCUGAUUGGUGCAAUUUGGACCUCGACAGUGGAAGGAGAUUGGAUUCUUCCUAAACUACAAGACAUAAGGCAACGGCUACGUCUCAACGACUGGGAGGAAGUGCAAUACCGCAUCGAGUCAUUUCCGUGGAUCAGCGUUUUACAUGAUGAACCAGGCCGCUCUUUGUGGAGUCGGUUAGACAAUCUGUAG